AUGGCGGAAAAACAGCCCGAGGGCCGGAACUCUGCUCCACGAUCUCUUCCUCUUUCCAGACUGGUCCUCGACCAAGCUCGUGUCACAGAUGAGGUGCUGCAUUUUCCCUAUGAGGGCUCAGGCACAGCGGAAGAUCCUUAUAUUGUAACGUAUAUUCCACAAGACGCUGGCAAUCCAUUCAACUGGAGCGGCAAUUUUCGAUGGUUCAUUACAACCAUCGUGGCCAUUGAGACUCUUGCUGUGGCUUUCGCUUCAAGCGCCUUCAGUGGCGCCAUACGAGAACUCAUCGCCGAUUUAGGUGCGAGUACCGAACUCAUCACUGCUGGGAUUUCGUUAUUCGUCUUGGGCUUUGCAACCGGGCCAUUGAUAUUCGCUCCUCUCAGCGAGAUCUAUGGACGCCAGAUCAUCUUCGUUGUUAGCUUUGGCGCCUUUACGGCUUUCAAUGCUGGCUGUGCCGGUUCUCAAAAUACCGGCACUCUACUCGUGCUCCGAUUCUUCGCUGGCGCCUUUGGCUCCUCACCUCUGACCAAUGCUGGGGGAGUCAUCGCUGAUAUUUUCCCUGCAUCUCAGCGUGGGCUGGCAAUGAGCUUGUUUGCGCUGGCACCUUCCUUUGGUCCCUGUGCGUCUCCAUGGAUUGCUGGGUUCCUAAGUGAAAACGAAGGUUGGCGGUGGGUGAUGGGUCUGCUCACUAUCUUUUCUGGAGUGCUAUGGAUCCUGGGGACGCUGUUCGUGCCAGAGACGUACGCUCCAGUGAUUUUGAGAAAGAGAGUUGCUGUUCUGAAACAGAAGACUGGAAAGGAAUACAUCCUCCAGGGCGACAAGGAAAAGGGCACACCUUCUCUUGGAUCCGUACUCACCACUGCCCUGAUCAGACCUUGGAUUCUCCUCUUCAUGGAGCCUAUCGUCCUCCUGCUAUCAAUCUACAUCGCUAUUGUCUAUGGAACUCUCUACCUCCUCUUCGGCGCCUAUCCCAUCGUCUUUCAACAGACCCGUGGCUGGUCAGAAGGAGUUGGUGGUCUCCCUUUCCUGGGCGUCGCCGGCGGCAUGGUCAUUGGUAUCGCUUUCGUCGCCUGGGCCAACAAGUGGUAUGUUGCUGCGGCUGAAAAGAAUGGCGGUAUCGCACCACCUGAGGCACGCCUAGAGCCAUCUUUAUAUGGCUCCAUUGCUAUUCCCAUUGGAAUGUUCUGGUUUGCAUGGACGAAUUACCCUUCCAUCCAUUGGAUCUCACCCGUCCUUGCCGGAGCGCCAUUCGGGUUCGGCCUGAACAUCGUCUUUUUGGGCAUCACGAACUACCUCAUUGACUCUUACACUAUCUUCGCCGCCUCAGUCCUUGCCGCAAACACCGUUCUACGAUCACUAUUCGGCGCUGCGUUCCCGCUCUUCACCAGCGACAUGUAUAAGGCUCUGGGGAUUCACUGGGCAAGCUCAGUUCCGGCAUUCCUCGCUCUAGCAUGUGUGCCUUUCCCGUUCGUCUUCUACAAAUACGGAGCACAGAUCCGGGCCAAGUGUGUGUACGCAGCCCAGGCCGAAGCUGUGAUGAACCAAAUGCGUGCCAAAGCCGCCACGGCCGCCGCCGCCGCCGCCAAUGGGCCUUCAAGAGCACAGGAAGAAAAAGAGCUGAGAAGAUACCCGACAACCCACUCGACGACAAGCGGUUCAGAGGGUACCUCUGUCGACGGUCGGGCAUUCGAGCCGCUAAAGGCCACCAGAUCUCGCUCGACAGAUGCCGUGGACAGGGCACAACUCACUCGCACCAAGUCAAGGGCCGAGUCUAUCCCUGAAGCUGCCAACUAUGAUGCUAGCCCUUACGACAUCGACCGUGUCUAUACCUCGACUUCGCUCGCCGGGGUGGACCUCAACAGGAGUCGAACGAACCGAUCAACCGGCCGAUGA